GAGGGAAACUGCUUAACACUCAGUGGAUGAAGUGAUUUUCCUAGCUGUCUGUCCAUUUCCUUGCAUCUUUUCAACAAGCCACUUUCCCCAUUGGGCUACUGAGGAAAGGACAAGAUGGUCAAGCAGUAAGUCUGAACUGUUCAUUUGAGGACAUUAUGGUAGAUGCCUACAGGUGGAUUUGGAGAAUUUAAGUUUAGGUAUAAGAUAUAAUUUUUUGUAAGGGAUACACACUUUAAGACAUUUGGUAUCUUCUAUUCUAAACUAUCACCUUGCAACAGUUACUAAAGUCUUAUUUAUAAAGCACAGGAAUAAAAAUGGAGAAUGCAGCAGAUACUAAUCCAGACCCUGCUCAGGAUGAGCCUGCUGCUCGAGCGGAGAACCAGCCUCCUCCAGAUAUCCCUGCUCCACCAGAAAUUAUAGAGCCUGGUCCUGGACCCCCUGAGGAUGAGCCUCUCUCCAAAAUGAAAGAUGCAGAUUUAUUAGACCGUUCUCGUUUGAAACCCUCUGUUCGUGCAGGCGGGGAAACUGCAACCCGUAGAAUGUCUAAAUUCCGCCGAAGUAACAGUGGAGUUCAGUCACUGCAGGAAACGCUGAAAGAAAAACAGGCACGAUACAAAGAAGCAAGAGAAGGCAGAAAAAUGAAGGUUAAUUCUGCAUAUAAAUAUAUCUUUGAAAUUCUCUCUGACAAACUUGGAUUAGACAUUGGAACAGUAGAAGAAUUAAUCCUGGAUGGCCCAACAUUGCUAGCAUUUGAUAGCUUUUUUGCCAAAGGAGGAAACAGAACACUGAAGUUUAUCUAUCAAGAGGGUGAAGCUCCUGGCAUAGAGUGUGGGAGAGCAAUCCCAGGUAUUCUCAAAGGAACUAAAAUGAUGAAAUUGUACGUAGAUGAAUCUCAAGACAAAUUCAAAGGACAGUGCUUAUUUUUUGUACGUGCUAGAAAUGACUUGCCUGUGAACAUUAAGACAAUGAAUGAGGACAUAUACUAUUCAUCAUUGGAUGGAAAUGAAGGUCUUUUGCUUGGCAUCAAGAAUAUCUUGGCAACAGUUUUUCUGCCUGCUGUUCUUGCCACAAGCAAUUGGGGUGCUUUAAAUCAGACCAAGCAGGGAGAACUUGAAAAACAAAGUUUCAUCGAAACAUUGAACAGAUAUUUGGCAUUUUUGGAUGGUGCUAGAGUGAGCAUCCAGGGAACUGUUCAACUGAAAAAAAUAGAUAACAUUGACUUUUCCAAAUUCCAGUCUUUUGAGGAAGUGACAGCAGCAGCUGCCAAUCCUGAUAUUAUACAUCAAUUGGAGGAUGCACUUAUGAUAUGGUACAAGCAAAUUGAGCAAGUUUUGAUUGAGAGUGAACAGAUGAGAAAGGAAGCUGAUGACUCAGGUCCACUUACCGAAUUAGAGCACUGGAAACGAAUGUCUGCCAAAUUUAAUUUUAUUAUUGAGCAGAUUAAAGGACAACCUUGCAAAUCUGUCAUAAAUGUUCUCAACGUUUCACGUUCCAAAAUUGUAAAGCUGUGGCGAGAACUGGAUGCCAGAAUUACAGAUACAGCCAAUGAAUCCAAGGAUAAUGUUAGAUAUUUAUACACACUUGAAAAAGUUUGUCAGCCACUCUAUAAUUAUGAUUUAGUUUCCAUGGCCCACGGAAUACAGAAUUUGAUUAAUGCUAUAAGAAUGAUUCAUAGUGUUUCCAGAUAUUAUAAUACUUCUGAAAAAAUGACAUCUCUCUUUAUCAAAGUUACAAAUCAGAUGGUCACAGCAUGUAAAGCAUAUAUCACUGAUGGAGGAUAUAGCCGUGUAUGGGAGCAGGAUACUCCAACAGUAAUUCAGAAAAUUAAGGACUGUAUUUUUUUGUUUAAAGAAUAUCAGAAAAGUUUUCAUAAAACAAGAAAACAAAUUUUGGAAACUUCAGGGGAGAAGACAUUUGAAGUAUCUGAGAUGUACAUUUUUGGCAAAUUUGAAGCUUUCUGUAAAAGGCUAGAAAAAAUAACAGAGAUGAUAACAAUUGUUCAGACUUUUUCUGCACUGAAUAUGUCUACCAUUGAAGGAAUUGAUAUUAUGGCAAUUAAAUUCAAAAAUAUCUACCAAAGUGUUCAAAAGAAGAAAUGUGAUAUCCUUGACCCACGAAAAACAGAAUUUGAUGUAGACUUUGCAGAUUUCAUGACAAAAAUUGAAAAUUUAGAGGUCCAAAUACAGACAUUUAUGGGUGCUUGUUUCGUAAAAAUCUUAUCUUCACAACAUGCUCUCCAGUUGCUUCAGAGAUUUCAGAAAUUGAACAUGCCAUGUCUUCAGAAUGAAAUUGCAUAUACAGUUGGGCGUAUUCUUCAGCACUAUGUUGCCGAACUUGAAGCAACUAAGAAGCUUUAUCAGGUGCAAAAGGAUAAUCCUAUCCUGGCUCGAAACAUGCCACCUGUAGCAGGAAAGAUACUGUGGGUGAGACAACUCUUCAGGCGUAUAAGUGAGCCAAUCAACUAUUUUUAUAAAAACUCAGACAUCUUGGCAAGUGUGGAAGGAAAAGCAGUUGUUCGGUUAUAUAAUAAAAUUUCCUAUGUAUUGGUGGAGUUUGAGGUACUUUAUCACACAGCGUGGAUGAAAGAGAUUUCACAGUUAGAGUAUGCAUUGCAGGUUACACUAUUGGUACGUCACCCUGAAACUGGAAAGCUACUGGUAAAUUUUGAUCCCAAGAUUUUAGAGAUUGUUCGAGAAACAAAAUGUAUGAUAAAAAUGGGAUUAGAAGUACCAGAGCAGGCAAAGAGGAUAGUCAAAAUUGAAGGAGAAGUAAAAGCAAACAAAUUAUGCUUGGAGAACAUUCUACACUGCUAUGAAAAUUUGUGCCAAGAAGUUCCAACAGUGUUUGUCAACCUGAUGGCACCUAAAAUGAAGAAGGUGGAAUCUGUACUAAGGCAAGGUCUUACUGUUUUAACUUGGUCCUCUCUGACAUUAAAUAGCUUCUUUCAAGAUGUUGAUGAAGUUAUGAAAAUGUUUAAACAGCUUUUGAAAAAGAUUAAUGACUUGUGUGAAAUGCAGAUUGAUUUAACACUGAAGGAUAUAUCAAAUACUCUGCUGCUGAUAUUACCUGAAAGUGCAACAAAAGUGGAGGACUUACUGGCACGCAAUGAGGUACACACAAAGGAAUGGGCUGAAAUAUUAAACAAUAAAAGUAGGCAUGUAGAAGAUGCUGUACAAGAACUCAUAUCAAUAUUUGAGCAAAUUUAUGAAGUUAAACAUGUCAAAAAGCCGUCUCCCAAAAAAUUUCAAACAUCAGAAGGAAAACAUGUAGCAUUUGGAGGUGGAGAAGAAGAGAGACUCUCUUCAGGGUCUUCAAUUAUGAUUAGUAGUGAAGAAGCUGAAGACAGUGAAAAAGAGGAUGAAUUCAAAAAGGAAUGCAAAGAGGUAGUUGCAUAUUUUAGCCAUCAGUUGCUGGAUAGCCUGCAGAAAACUACACGAUUAUCCUUAGAUGCUCUUAAAAGAAGAGUAUUUGUUUCAAGCUCCACCAACUUUGGACGGCUGCCUUAUUUACCUCAGACAACAGUCAAACCUGAAGAUGUUGUUACAUUUCUGAAAGCUGAAGUGCACUUAGCCAUUCCUCAUGUGAUGAUGGUGCCCAGUUUGGAUGAUAUCCAGCAAGCCAUCAACCGUAUGAUUCAGUUGACCUUGGAUGUAAGCCGGGGUGUGGCUCACUGGGGCCAGCAUCACUUGUUAAAAUCCAACAACCAGGGGGAAGGCAAUGUUCCUGCAUCGCCUAGUGCAUUAGGGAAGCUACAAAAAAAAGAAGAAAAAACACUAGAGGACCAAUUUCCUGUUAGAAAGCUGAGAAAUUUUUAUCCAGGUGUGGCAGAACAUAAGGAUAUAUCGAAAUUAGUUGUGCUUUUGUCCUCAGCAGUAAACUCAGUAAGGAAAGCUGCAAGUGAAGCAUUGCAAGACUUUCAAAAGUAUAAAGCCCUGUGGACAGAAGACAGAGAUGCUAAAGUUCAGCAAUUUUUGGCCAAUAAUCCAUCUCUGACUGAGAUCCGAUCAGAAAUUCUUCAUUAUGCUACCUUUGAACAGGAAAUAGAAGAUUUAAAACCAACAGUUUCUGUUGGCCCCAUUGAACUCAAUACAGGGCCGAUGAAAUUAGCUCUUUCAAUUGAAGCAAAAGCAUGGAAAAUGUUGCUCUGUCGCUAUUUAAAUGAAGAAUACAAGAAAAAAAUGCAAGACAUGAUAAGUUUUAUAACGGAGUAUCUGAAAAAAUUAUCUCGACCAAUUCGAGAUUUGGAUGAUGUUCGUUUUGCUAUGGAAGCUCUGGCCAAUAUACGCGAUAAAGAAAUAGAGAUGGAUAUGAUAAUGGGACCCAUUGAAGAAGCCUACACAAUUUUAUAUAGAUUUGAAGUUGAAGUAACAAAGGAAGAAUCAGAAGGUGUUGAUACAUUACGGUACUCUUUUAAUAAGCUUCAAAGCAAAGCAGCUAGUGUCCAGGAUGAACUAAUUCAAGUCCAGCCCAAGUUUAAGGGUCAGCUUCUGGAGGCAGUUGAAGUUUUCCGUGAAGAUGUGUCAAAUUAUGAAGUAGCAUAUGAGAUGGAAGGACCAAUGGUUCCAAAUACACCACCUCAAGAAGCUAGCAAUAGAUUACAGAUAUUUCAGGCCAAUUUUGAUGAGCUCUGGAGGAAGUUUAUUACAUAUUCAUCUGGUGAGCAGCUAUUUGGAUUGCCUGUCACAGAUUAUGAAGUUUUGCAUAAAAUCAGGAAAGAGUUGAGUUUGCUUCAGAAAUUAUAUGGUUUGUAUGAUACUGUGAUGAACAAUAUAAGUGGCUAUUAUGAAAUUCUUUGGGGAGAUGUUGAUAUUGAAAAAAUCAAUGCUGAACUUUUGGAGUUUCAAAACAGGUGCCGUAAACUACCUAAAGGGCUUAAAGACUGGCAAGCAUAUUUGGAUCUUAAAAAACGAAUAGAUGAUUUUAGUGAGUCUUGUCCACUUCUGGAAAUGAUGACCAACAAGGCUAUGAAACUGAGACACUGGAACAGAAUUUCUGAAACAACUGGGCACCCAUUUGAUGUGGAAUCUGAUUCCUUUUGCCUUCGGAAUAUCAUGGAAGCGCCACUUCUCAAGCAUAAGGAUGAUAUUGAGGACAUCUGUAUAUCUGCUAUUAAAGAGAAAGAUAUUGAAGCUAAGUUGGCGCAAGUAGUAGAUAGCUGGGCAUAUCAGGUCCUGAGCUUUUCAGCAUUCAAAGGAAGAGGAGAACUACUUCUCAAGGGAACAGAAUCUUCUGAAAUUAUCACAAUGAUGGAGGACAGCUUAAUGGUCCUGAGUUCUCUGCUGAGUAACAGAUACAAUGCACCAUUUAAAAAAGAUAUUCAAAACUGGAUAUUCAAACUCAGCACCUCCAGUGAUAUAAUUGAAGAAUGGUUGAUUGUACAAAACCUCUGGGUUUACCUUGAAGCUGUUUUUGUAGGUGGGGAUAUCGCCAAGCAAUUACCCCAGGAAGCAAAACGUUUUCAAAACAUAGAUAAAUCAUGGAUAAAAAUAAUGCAGCGAGCACAUGAAAAUCCCAAUGUAAUUAGCUGUUGUGUUGGAGAUGAAACUAUGGGACAACUUUUACCACAUUUACAUGAACAAUUGGAAGUAUGCCAGAAAUCACUUACAGGGUAUUUGGAAAAAAAAAGAUUACUGUUUCCUAGAUUCUUUUUUAUUUCUGAUCCUGCCCUUCUGGAGAUACUUGGACAGGCUAGUGAUUCUCACACUAUUCAGCCACACCUUCCUGGUUUAUCUGACAAUAUAAAUGAAGUGGAAUUUCACCCAAAGGAUUAUGAUCGCAUUAUGACAGUUGUAUCAAGAGAAGGAGAAAAAAUUUCUUUGGACACCCCAGUAAAUGCAAAAGGACCCGUAGAGCUUUGGCUGUUGGACCUAUUGAAAAUGCAACAGUCUUCAUUACAUUGUGUAAUUCGGGGUGCAUUUUAUCAGAUUAGCGAUCCAAGCUUCCAACUACUAAAUUUCCUAUAUCAUUUCCCAGCACAGGUAGGAUUGCUGGGAAUUCAAAUGCUAUGGACCCAUGAUUCGGAAGAAGCAUUAACUAAUGCAAAAGAUGAUCGGAAAAUUAUGUCAGUGACCAAUCAGAAAUUUCUGGAUAUUCUAAAUACGCUUAUUAGCCAGACUACUCAUGAUCUUUCCAAGUUUGACCGAGUAAAAUUUGAAACCCUUAUCACCAUCCAUGUACAUCAGCGUGAUAUCUUUGAUGACCUGGUUAAAAUGCAUAUAAAAUCAGUGUCUGAUUUUGAAUGGUUAAAGCAGUGCAGAUUCUAUUUCAAGGAAGAUCUUGAUCACACAUUGGUGUCUAUUACUGAUGUUGAUUUUGUUUAUCAAAAUGAAUUUCUGGGAUGCACAGAUCGUCUCGUCAUUACCCCUUUAACAGACAGAUGCUAUAUUACAUUAGCUCAAGCUUUGGGAAUGAACAUGGGAGGAGCCCCAGCAGGACCUGCAGGGACUGGUAAAACAGAAACAACCAAGGAUAUGGGGAAAGCACUGGGGAAAUAUGUAGUAGUAUUUAAUUGUUCAGAUCAAAUGGAUUUCAGAGGAUUGGGACGAAUAUUCAAAGGUCUUGCACAGUCUGGCUCCUGGGGAUGCUUUGAUGAAUUUAACAGAAUUGAAUUACCAGUCUUGUCAGUAGCAGCUCAACAAAUUUACAUCAUUUUGACAGCAAGAAAAGAAAGGAAAAAGCAGUUCAUAUUUUCUGAUGGAGAUGUAGUGGACUUAAACCCUGAGUUUGGAAUUUUUCUGACAAUGAAUCCUGGCUAUGCUGGGCGGCAGGAAUUACCAGAAAACUUGAAAAUUCAAUUUAGAACUGUUGCAAUGAUGGUUCCAGAUAGACAGAUCAUCAUGAGAGUGAAACUUGCAAGCUGUGGCUUUAUUGAUAACGUUGUUUUGGCUCAGAAAUUCUUUGUUCUGUAUAAACUUUGUGAAGAACAGCUUACUAAACAGGUUCAUUAUGAUUUUGGAUUAAGAAAUAUCCUUUCAGUGCUGAGAACGCUUGGAUCACAGAAGAGGGCAAGGCCAGAUGACAGUGAAAUGAGUACUGUUAUGAGGGGUCUAAGGGACAUGAACCUCUCUAAACUUGUAGAUGAAGAUGAGCCCUUGUUUCUUAGUCUUAUCAAUGAUCUCUUUCCUGGGCUGGUACUGGAUAGUAAUACUUAUGUUGACCUUCAAGCAGCAGUUGCAAAUCAGGUUGAAGAGGCAGGACUGGUUAAUCAUCCUCCCUGGAAUCUUAAACUUGUACAGUUGUAUGAAACAUCCAAAGUACGCCAUGGGUUGAUGACACUUGGACCAAGUGGAUCUGGAAAAACAACUGUUAUAACUAUAUUGAUGAGGGCAAUGACAGAAUGUGGAUAUCCUCACAGAGAAAUGCGCAUGAAUCCAAAAGCUAUUACAGCUCCUCAGAUGUUUGGCAAACUGGAUACAGCAACAAAUGAUUGGACAGAUGGAAUUUUCUCCACCUUGUGGCGAAAAACCCUUAAAGCCAAGAAAGGAGAGAAUAUUUUUCUGAUUCUAGAUGGCCCUGUAGAUGCAAUUUGGAUUGAAAAUCUGAAUUCGGUGCUUGAUGAUAAUAAGACUCUGACUUUAGCAAAUGGAGACCGGAUUCCAAUGGCUCCUACUUGCAAGUUGCUGUUUGAAGUGCACAAUAUUGAAAAUGCUUCUCCUGCUACAGUUUCCAGGAUGGGUAUGGUGUACAUCAGUUCUUCUGCCCUAAGCUGGAGGCCAAUAUUGCAGGGAUGGUUGAAGACUCGUACUCCACAAGAAGCAGAUAUAUUAUUAGGUUUAUAUGACAAAGUAUUUGAUGCAGCAUAUACCCACAUGAAACUGAAUCUUUUUCCAAAAAUGGAAUUGCUAGAAUGUAACUAUAUCAUGCAGUCUAUUAAUCUUUUGGAAGGUUUGAUACCCUCUAAGGAAGAAGGUGGCAUUGUCUGUCUGGCACAUCUUUACAGGUUAUUUGUCUUUGGCCUAAUGUGGAGUUUAGGAGCCCUUCUAGAGUUGGAUAGCCGGGAGAAGUUGGAAGCUUUCCUGAGAAACCAUGAAAGCAAACUGGACUUGCCAGUAUUUGAUAAAGGGGAAACACAUACAAUGUAUGAAUAUUUUGUCAGUGAUUGUGGUGACUGGGAUCAUUGGAAUAAAAAGGUUCAGGAAUAUGUUUACCCAACUGACAGCAUUCCUGAGUAUUCAUCUAUUCUAGUUCCAAAUGUAGACAAUGUCAGAACACAAUUUUUGAUGGAUACAAUAGCAAAGCAACACAAAGCAGUAUUGCUCAUUGGUGAACAAGGAACUGCAAAGACUGUAAUGAUUAAAGGUUAUUUAAAAAAAUAUGAUCCAGAAGAACACUUAUCAAAAAGUUUAAAUUUUUCUUCAGCAACAGAACCUGGAAUGUUUCAGAGGACAAUAGAAAGUUAUGUGGACAAGCGGAUGGGCAGUACCUAUGGACCUCCAGGGGGCAGAAAAAUGACCAUAUUCAUUGAUGACAUUAACAUGCCCAUUAUAAAUGAAUGGGGAGAUCAGGUGACAAAUGAAAUAGUGCGUCAGAUGAUGGAAAUGGAAGGAAUGUAUAGUUUGGAUAAACCUGGAGACUUCACUACAAUUGUUGAUGUGCAGCUUAUAGGGGCAAUGAUUCACCCAGGAGGAGGUCGAAAUGACAUCCCACAACGCUUAAAGAGGCAGUUCACUGUAUUUAACUGCACCCUUCCAUCCAAUGCCUCCAUUGAUAAAAUAUUUGGAAUAAUUGGCUGUGGAUAUUUUCAUUCGUGUAGAAAUUUCAAGCCUGAAAUAAGUGAUUUGAUAAUGAAACUGGUAUCAGCUGGUAGAAUAUUGUGGCAAUGGACUAAGAUAAAGAUGCUGCCUACACCAUCCAAAUUUCAUUAUAUCUUCAAUCUGCGUGAUCUUUCCAGAAUUUGGCAAGGCAUGUUAAUAAUUAAAUCAGAAGAAUGUACUGAUAUUCAUAUACUUCUGUCUCUAUUUAAACAUGAAUGUACACGUGUAAUUGCUGACAGAUUUAUUACUGAAGACGAUGAAGAAUGGUUUGACAGAAAUUUUAGUAGAGUAAUUGAAGAACAUGUGGACCCAAACUUAGUAUCAAAAGUUCAGGCUGAACCAUAUUUUGUAGAUUUUUUGCGGGAUAUGCCUGAGCCAACGGGUGAAGAACCAGAAGAUUAUGUGUUUGAAGCACCCAAAAUUUAUGAAUUGGUUCCAACUCUUGAAUUUUUAUCUGAUAAAUUACAGUUCUACCAAAGACAAUAUAAUGAAAAUGUUCGAGGUGGACUGCUUGAUCUGGUGUUUUUCAAGGAUGCUAUAACACAUCUUGUUAAGAUCUCCCGAAUAAUCCGGACAGCAUGUGGAAAUGCUUUACUUGUAGGAGUUGGUGGUUCUGGAAAACAGAGCCUUUCAAGGCUUGCUUCUUUUAUAGCUGGAUAUAGAAUCUUUCAGAUAACUUUAACAAGGUCCUACAAUAUAACCAAUCUAACAGAUGACUUAAAGAACUUAUAUAGAGUUGCUGGUGGUGAGGGAAAAGGAAUCACAUUUAUUUUCACAGAUAAUGAGAUAAAAGAUGAAGCAUUUCUUGAAUAUCUUAAUAAUCUGCUUUCUUCUGGAGAGAUCUCCAAUUUAUUUCCUCGAGAUGAACUGGAUGAAAUAACCCAAGGACUUAUAUCUGUAAUGAAAAAAGAGCUGCCACGAGUUCCCCCAACUUUUGAUAAUCUUUAUGAAUAUUUUAUAUCACGGUCAAGGAAAAACCUCCAUGUUGUACUCUGCUUUUCUCCUGUUGGUGAGAAAUUUCGUGCACGGUCUUUGAAGUUUCCUGGUCUUAUAUCUGGAUGUACUAUGGAUUGGUUUACUCAGUGGCCCAAGGAAGCCCUUGUUGCUGUGUCACAGUAUUUUCUGUCAGGUUUCAAUAUUGUCUGUUCUCCUGAAGUUAAAGCACACGUGGUAGAAGCUAUGGGCAUCUUUCAUGACCUAGUUUCAGAAAGCUGUGACAAUUAUUUUCAAAGAUAUCGGCGAAGAGCCCAUGUCACCCCCAAAUCUUAUCUUUCUUUCAUCAAUGGCUACAAAGAUGUUUAUGCUGAUAAGCUGUUCAGCAUUAAUGAACAAGCUGAGCGAAUGAAUAUAG